AUGAUAGUAUCUCCUCCUACCUCUCUCCCUCGUACUCUGAUCCCCCGCCUUCUCUCAGUCCAAAAGGCAAUUUCCCGGCGGCACCAUUCGACGAAGCAUGGUUUCCACGAUCUGGCUGUUGCCCCGCCAGUCAAGGCCCCGAUAGAGGUCUCGUCUAUGGCAAGACUACCAACAAAGCUUCUACUACGAUCUUUGAUCUUGACAUCUUUGAUGACCUCAAAGAUAUUCUUGAAACCUGCACUUGCUACAUUGAAUGUUCUCAGCAAGUCAGAUUCCGCUAUCCUGAACGCCGAUCGAAACCCUAUCUUAAACAAGCUUCUUCGAUGGACGGUCUAUAAUCAUUUUUGUGCGGGAACAAACCGACAGGAAGUUUCAAAAACUGUCGCUCAGAUUAAGAGUAUCGGAUACCAAGGUGUUAUCUUGGGAUAUUCAAGGGAGAUCGUUCUCGAUGCGGAGGAGCAACUAGCUCUUGAUGAGUCGGGUACCACCACCUACAGCGAUAAAUGUUAUGAGACAGUGGAGGAAUGGAAAAAUGGCACUCUUGAGACAUUGCGAAUGGUUGGGGCUGGGGACCUUCUUGCCGUGAAACUCACAGGUGCGGGUCCGAUCUCCGUUGACGCUAUGGCCGCAAAGAAGCCCAUGCCGGAAGUUAUGGUGAAAGCUAUGGAUGAGAUUUGCCUUGCAACAAAGCAACAGGGUUCUCGUAUCUGGUUAGACGCGGAGCAGCAAGUGUUGCAGACUGGUUUGGACAACUGGGCUAUCGAGAUCAUGCGCAGACACAACAAAAAAUUGGAGGCCCCCUUGGUUUACAACACCAUCCAGGGUUAUCUCAAAGCCUCCAAGGAGAACCUUGACCGACACAUCAAGCUUGCUGCGCAGGAAGGAUGGGCUCUGGGAAUCAAGUUGGUUCGAGGUGCAUACAUCGAGCACGAGACACGCUCUCUUAUCCACAACACGAAGGAAGAAACCGACGACUCCUAUGACUUGAUCGCUGAUACUAUGCUUUGCCGACGUAUGCCAGAGGAUGUGAAGGAUUUGAAGUUCCCCAACGCUGCACUAUUCCUGGCUACACAUAAUGCUGCUAGUGCUGCUAAAGCGAUUGCAACCCACCAGGAUCGACUUCUCUCACAGAAGCCUACUGUUCUUUUGGAAUGUGGACAGAUUCAAGGCAUGGCAGAUGAGCUGAGUUGUGAACUCGUGCAGAAUUAUGAACGGGCUAUGGAACAGUCUUCGGCUGCGAAUGUGUCUGUGCCAAAGGCCUUCAAGUGCAUGGCGUGGGGUUCGGUAGCAGAGUGUAUGCAGUAUCUUCAUCGUCGCGCGAUUGAAAAUAAGGGUGCUGUGGAACGGACACAGCAUAUGGUAGAUGCAUUGAGAACUGAGCUGUGGCGUAGAAUGUUUGGUUAA